GUCUACUACUUUUACAGUUACUCUACUGCGGGCUGGAUGGCUCUACAAGCCUUGCCGCUGAUCGCAUCUCCAACGAUGAUCGCCACACUCCUGUCACCAACAGUCCGAGAAGCGACGACUUUGGAGGUCUACUUCUCCCGCACCCUCGGCUUCUCCCUCAUCACAAUCGGCAUCUUGAGUGUCCUACUCACAGGCUCGGUGCCGCUUUCUAGUCGGCUCACAGAAGCCGGCGGCACCUCAACCGACGCCUCCGACCCCAAAGCGCCAUACGCGCUCCCCACCCUCACCAUAACGGCCCUCUUCCACGCCGCCUACGCCUCCUACACCUACGCCAUGUGGACGCAAACAGGAGUCUUCUCCUUCGGUCUUGGAACCAUGGGAAGUGGAGUGCUGUGUGCGAUUGGGCUGUGGUGUAUUCUGUUUGCGACGAGUGACGGCAGAAUUAGCCGGAAGACGGGUGCGGAUAAGAGGACCAGUGGGUUUCCGUUCAAGAAUAAGGAGGCGGAUAAGAGGAAAGGGAAGAAAGGGAUGUGAGAACUGGAUAAGGAGAGAGCGGUGAGCGAGGGAGUUCUUUGUCCAUGCGUGUGGGUCUUGAGGAGAUCUGGUGUGGUGCACUGGAUGGAUGGAUUGAAGAGUUAGGACGAGGCAUGGUGCAUUCAAGGUGUUUUGUAGAAACAAAAGCGCUGGACUUGCCGAAUACAUCUGUAUAUUACCUAUCAUCAACACGGGAUUCUAAGUGAUACUGCAGCCGAGAAAUGUUUCAGCGAUUUCGAUGCAAAUGGCUGGCAGAAGAUGGCAGAAGCUGGCAGAACACCGUCCAGGUAUGAAUUAGUAUGGCUACAUAAUACAAGAUGGUCAAACACCAGCGACUUU